GAGACAAGUACCGCUACUUUGCCUGUCUCCUGAGGGAGCGGUUUGAUAAGAACAAGGAUGUGAAGGAUAUGGUGAAAGCCACGGAGCUGCUGAAGGCGGGCGAGGAGGAGUUCUGGACAAACCAGCAUCCUCAACCGUACAUCUUCCCUGACUCCCCUGGGGGCACUUCCUAUGAGAGAUAUGAAUGCUACAAGAUUCCUGAAUGGUGCCUGGACUACUGGCACCCCUCUGAGAAGGCCAUGUAUCCUGAUUACUUUGCCAAACGAGAGCAGUGGAAGAAGCUGCAGCGGGAGAGCUGGGAUAAAGAGAUCAAGCAGUUAGAAGAGGAAACUCCAGCUGAUGGUCCAACUACUGAAGCUUUGCCUCCAGCUCGUAAGGAAGGGCAUCUGCCCCCGCUGUGGUGGCAGUAUGUCACAAGACCUCGUGAAAUACCCAUGUAA